GUACAAUCUAAAGUGGACUGCAUUUUGCAAGAAGUUGAGAAGUUUACAGAUCUAGAGAAACUCUACCUCUACCUUCAGCUGCCUUCGGGUCCCAACAAUGGAGACAAAAGCGAUCAGAUCUCCAUGUCGUCCAGCCGUGCCCAGCAGAUGCACGCCUUCUCGUGGAUACGGAACACCUUGGAAGAGCACCCCGAGACAUCCCUGCCCAAGCAAGAGGUUUAUGAUGAAUACAAGAGCUAUUGUGACAAUCUUGGCUACCACCCAUUAAGUGCUGCUGACUUUGGAAAGAUCAUGAAAAAUGUCUUUCCAAAUAUGAAGGCCCGUCGUCUAGGCACAAGAGGCAAAUCAAAAUAUUGCUACAGUGGACUGAGGAAGAAGGCUUUUGUGCAUAUGCCAACACUGCCCAACCUUGACUUUCAUAAAACUGGAGAUGGGUUGGAUGGGGCAGAGCCAUCUGGGCAGCUGCAGAGUGCUGAUGAGGAAGUCGUCUCUGCGGCCUGCCGGCUUGUUUGUGAAUGGGCCCAGAAAGUGCUGAGCCAGCCUUUUGAUACAGUCCUGGAAUUGGCUCGUUUCCUUGUCAAAAGUCACUAUAUCGGUACCAAGUCAAUGGCAGCUUUAACAGUGAUGGCUGGGGCACCAGCAGGAAUAAAAGGGAUCCCCCAGCCCUCAGCUUUCAUACCUACUGCUGAAAGUAAUUCCUUUCAGCCGCAAGUGAAAACUCUGCCAUCGCCUGUUGAUGCCAAGCAGCAGCUGCAGCGUAAGAUCCAGAAGAAGCAGCAAGAGCAGAAACUGCAGUCUCCUUUGCCAGGAGAGUCCCCAGCAAAGAAAACGGAAGGCACUGCAACCAAUGGCAUGACCAGUAUAUCUAAUGGAAGUCCUGCAAUCCUGUCUCCCCCACCUAUUGGCAUUGUUGUGGCAGCUGUCCCCAGCCCGAUACCGGUGCCAAGGACCAGGCAGUUGGUGACGUCUCCAAGUCCUGUGGGAUCAUCUGAAAGCAAGGUCCUGCCGCUCAACGUUCAGGUGGUCACUCAGCACAUGCAAUCAGUCAAGCAGUCACCAAAGACUCCCCAGAACGUUCCCGCCAGCCCAGUUGGUGACCGCUCUGCCCGGCACCGCUACCCACAGAUCUUACCGAAGCCAGCAAACACCAGUGCUCUCACCAUCCGCUCUCCCACCACGGUGCUCUUCACCAGUAGCCCAAUCAAGACUGUUGUGCCAGCUCCACAUGUGAAUUCCUUAAAUGUGGUGAAAAUGACAGCAAUAUCGCUUGCCCCAAGCAGCAGUAGUGUGCCCGUCAAACAGACGCCGUCAGUUAGCGGUAGUGCAGGAGUAGUGGAAGAGGGGAGGACUGGUCCACAGAUCAAAAAUGGAUCUGUUGUUUCACUUCAGUCUCCAGGAUCCAAGCCUAGCACUGUUGUAGCUGCGCCUGCGGUCAAGAUCAAAAUGGAACCAGAAACGUUGCUGGAUGAGAACUCAGUACAGGGCCAGGAGAGCUCUGAUGUGUCUAAAUCCAUGAAGGCAACCCCUGACCUGCCUCCUGCUCAGCUAAUUAAUUUUGAGGUUGCAACCUUGAAGGUUUCAGCAGAUGAUGUUGUGGAGGCAAAACCAGUUAAGGGCUGUGAUCAGGGAGCUGAAGAAACAGGGACCAAAUAUAAAACACAGUCUAAUGAGAUCACACCAGUUUCUUCAGCUGGCAAUAAUCAAAGCACUCUGCAGCUCUCAGUUGCCAGUCAAAACUUGUCCAGCACCAGCAUCGGUUCACCUCCUACUGGUGAGUCUACGAUUAAAGACAAAACGUGCACUAAAAGUCCAAGAAAGCGACAACCUUCUACACUUCAGGAUUCCCAGGUACCGCCUGUAAAGAAACCACUGGUGGAGCAGCUUUCAGCUGGUAAUACUGUGGAGGGUCAAAAAGCGAAUGGUGUUAAGAAGUCUCCAAAGGUUGGAUCCUUAGCUAACAGUGACAAUACAGCAACACUUGCUCAAGUUCCCAGCAAGGUACCUGCAAAGCUACCUGUACCUUCUGCAGCUGCAGCAAACUUAGCAACAGACCUUUCUUUGAGCACCAGUUUAAAUACCAGUGAUUCUACUUUGGGACAGCAGCUUGCGUCAGCAUCAUCUCCAGAUAUAAAAGUAAAAUUGGAAGGAAACAUGUUUAUCAUAGAAAAUGAUUCAAAGUCUGAUGGCAGCUUUAACCCAAAUACGUGGCACCAUAUCACCAAAACCUCUGACUUUGCAUCUGUGAAUUGUGAACAGCAGCAAGAUAUCAGUGUUCUGACUCUCACAGGGCAUGCUGGCUCUAGCGACUUGCAGGAAUCGGCAUGGGAGCCGGUGCACUGCGAAGGUCUCCAGCAGGACGCGUACAGCCAGCAGUUGCCGAGCCAGAUCCAGGACUCCUCCCUGGGUCAGAUACAAGCACAGUCUUCAAACCCAUUACCUCUGCAGUCCGAACUGAAGGAGUUUGAACACACAGUCCCUCAGUCCAGCGAAAACUUCUUUUCGUUUGAUGACGACCUUACCCAGGACAGCAUUGUGGAGGAGCUGGUGCUCAUGGAGGAGCAAAUGUCCAUGAAUAAUUCUCAUCCUUACGGUGGCUGUCUCGGAAUGGCGCUUCAGAGUCAGACUGCGGCUCAAGGAGCUCCCGUGUCGUCUCAUCCAAGCAGCGUGCACUUUUACCAUUCGAUCCACAACAACAGCACUCCG